GAGCUCCAUCCAGUUUGAACCUCUAUCAACUGGCCUCCGUAGCAAAGCACACAGCGUCGACAACAACAACAACAACGCGAUACGAAUUAUUGCUAUCUGACCGGUUAAAUCAGUCUUGUCACCAUGGUGAAAGGGGACGUGAAUAAACCCAAGGGCAAGACGUCAGCCUACGCCUUCUUCGUCCAGACCUGCCGGGAGGAACAGAAGAUUAAACAACCCGACCAGUCGGUCAACUUCGCAGAGUUCUCCAAGCAGUGUUCGGAGAGAUGGAGGGCUUCCACUGCGAAUGACAAGCGUCGUUUUGAGGACAUGGCGAAGAACGACAAGGUGCGUUAUGAGAGGGACAUGAGGGUGUACGUGCCCCCCAAGGGGAUGGCCAAGAGUGGUAGGAAGAAGAAGGACCCCAACGCUCCAAAACGACCACCGUGAGUCACACACUACUACUGU